UAGACGUAUGGUGGAAAUGAUUAAAUAGUGUUCUAAAAUAAAUUAAUAACAGUAAUGGGCAACGCGGACACGAAAUUAAACUUUAGGAAAGCUGUUAUUCAGCUGACAUCAAAAACGCAGCCUGUCGACGCGUCUGAUGAGAUAUUCUGGGAUCAGUUCUGGUCGGAGAGCGUAACUAAUGUGCAGGAUGUGUUCGCUUUGGCGCCUGGGGCAGAGAUACGCGCUUUGCGAGAGGAGUCUCCCAACAACCUUGCUACACUUGUAUACAAAGCAGUAGAAAAGCUGGUGAAAAUUGUUGACAGCAGCUGUAGAACGCAGCGUGAACAACAGACUGCACUGAACUGCGCACGGCUGUUGACGCGAGUGCUACCAUACAUGCUGGAGGAGCCGGAGUGGCAUAGCUUCUUCUGGUCAUCACUGCCUGCUGCUGCUGAAAAUGAAUCUGUGCCCCUCGCGCAGUCACUUAUCAAUGCUAUUUGUGAUCUCCUGUUCUGUCCAGACUUCACAGUAGUAAGCACCAAGAGAUCCGGUCCGGAGCGCGCCGAAGAGCUGUCCUCGCUGGACAGCUGCGAGUACAUCUGGGCGGGCGGCGUGGGAUUCGCGCGCAGCCCGCCGCGCUGCGCGCAGCACGAGGCGGCGCGCACCGAGCUGCUGCGGCUGCUGCUCACGUGCUUCAGCGAGACCGUGUACAAGCCCGCCAGCCAGGCCGCCACGCACCACAACAGAUGGAUCGCGUAUCUGACAAGUCCGGAGAACCGGCACGCCUUACCGCUGUUCACCUCCCUACUGAACACCGUGUGCUCUUACGACCCCGUGGGGCUGGGACUGCCCUACAACCACUUGCUGUUUGCGGACACUGUGGAGCCGCUGGUCGAGGUCGCCCUCCAAGUCCUGAUAGUUACAUUGGAUCACGACACAAGUAAUGCAGUCAACGAGGAUUCAGAUGAGAGGCUCCCAGACAACUUAUUCAUUAACUACCUGUCACGAAUACACCGGGACGAGGACUUCCAGUUCGCGCUCCGCGGGGUGACCCGACUCCUCAACAAUCCACUGCAGCAGACCUACUUGCCCAACUCCAGCAAGAAGGUCGCUUUGCAUCAGGAACUGCUGGUUUUGUUCUGGAAAUGCUGCGAUUAUAACAAGAAAUUCAUGUACUACGUGUUGAAAAGCAGCGAUGUCCUAGAAGUGUUAGUGCCGAUUUUGUAUCAUCUGAACGACUCACGUGCUGAUCAGUCUCGGGUAGGUCUGAUGCACAUUGGAGUGUUUAUCCUGCUACUGCUGUCCGGGGAGCGGAACUUUGGGGUGCGUCUGAACAAGCCCUACACGGCCACGGUGCCCAUGGACAUCCCGGUGUUCACGGGCACGCACGCUGACCUGCUGGUGGUGGUGUUCCACAAGAUCAUCACCACGGGCCACCAGCGCCUGCAGCCCUUGUUCGACUGCCUGCUCACCAUCCUGGUCAAUGUCUCUCCGUACCUGAAGACCCUGUCCAUGGUGUCUUCGACGAAGCUACUGCACCUGCUGGAGGCUUUCAGCACACCUUGGUUCCUGUUCUCGCGGCCGCACCACCACCACCUCGUGUUCUUCCUGCUGGAGAUGUUCAACAACAUGAUACAGUAUCAGUUCGAUGGCAACUCAAACCUGGUGUACACGAUUAUCCGCAAACGCGCCGUGUUUCACAACCUCGCCAACUUGCCACACGAACACGCCGCCAUCGCGAGAUCGCUUGCCGCUGCCAAGGGAAAGGGACUCCAUAACACCACCAAAGCUUUACCAAGAUCUCGCAGUGCAGAGUCGGUGGCCGAAGCCGCCAUGGAAGGCUCCCGGCCCGCGCAACCCGCUGAGCCGGGCACCCUCAACGCUACACUCCCCGACACUCCAGCCAUCGCGACGAUGACGGAGCGAGAGUCAGCGCAUCCGCCGGCUCGCGAGCAGUUGUUGCCGCGUCGCUCCGGUGGCGACGGCGAGGACCGCAGCCCCGAGCGGCAUCGCGACGACGACGACGACGAAGACGACGACGACAAAACCACCCACGCAAUAGCACAUAAAGAGAGUCUACGGGUCGGGUCGGACGGUGCGGCGCAGGAGGUCGCGGACGAGUGGCGGCCCAGCGGCGAGUGGGUGGCGACUUGGCGUGGCCGCCUGCCGCUACAGACCAUCAUGCGGCUGCUACAGGUGCUGGUGCCGCAGGUGGAGAAGAUCUGCAUCGACAAGGGGCUGACGGACGAGUCGGAGAUCCUGCGAUUCCUACAGCACGGCACGCUUGUGGGGUUGUUGCCCGUGCCACACCCCAUCCUCAUCCGCAAGUACCAGGCCAACGCGGGCACGGCCGCCUGGUUCCGCACCUACAUGUGGGGCGUUAUAUACAUACGGAACGUGGACCCGCCGAUAUGGUACGACACUGACGUGAAACUGUUCGAGAUUCAACGGGUAUGAUCGUAGACCACGCCGACGAGUACCGGCGACGACUUAGCGGCUUCCCCCUAACUAUGGAGGGUAGAGGUAAGGAGAGUCAUCUUAUAUGGGAGAAAAGUUGAAAAAG